AUGGAUGAUUACAUGAUAAUUGCAGCCCUGAUAUCAUCAAGCUUGUUGUCUUUGACCGAGUGUCAAGCUGUUGUACAUGGCUACGGUCGACACUGGAAGACCCUCAACCCCGAUGCUCGCAUGACCGCACGCAAGUGGUUCUACGGUGCCAACAUAAUGUACAAGGUCGUUCUUAUGUUCAACAAGGCAUCUAUCGCGUGUCUGUACUACCGGAUCUUCGCCGUUUCCCAGAACUCGUUCCGCACCGCCUGCCACCUGAUGAAUGCUUGGAUUCUUUGUUCUAGUCUCGCCUUCAUCAUUGCAACUGUCUUUCAAUGCACACCAGUCGCCGGUUUUUGGGAUAGGAGCAUUCCAUUUAAGUGCUUCAAGAACAAGCCCUGGUGGAUUUCCUACGCCACUACACAGAUCUCAACCGAUUUCGUGCUACUCCUGAUGCCUAUACCGCAAAUCGUGACCCUUUCAAUGGGCCGCACCGAGAAACUUGGAAUUUGUCUGGUGUUUGGCACUGGUGCUUUCGUCACCUUCGCAUCUAUCUACCGUGCGACCACAAUAGCGGCAUCUGCAAGCGAUCCCGAUCCAACAUGGGGGCCAAUUCCCGCUACUAUAUGGUCUGUCGUUGAGGCCAACGCCGGCAUCGUUUGCGCGUGUCUUCCUAUGCUUCGUAGCCCCUUCGUUCGACUGUUGGGACCUGUGUUUGGUCGUACACGCAAAGAAACACGGCCAGAUGGAUCGUAUCAUCUCACAUGGAGGAGCGACAAGCCGAAUGCAUCAGCCAAUAUCUCGAGUCGCAAACGAGCCGCCGACGAAACCAUCAUGGAUCCUGAUCGCGACAGCGAAGACGGUAUCAUGACUAGCGAAGCUGGCGCCACGAUUCAAAAGAACGGAAGCAGGAUAAUGACCCGGAGCCGCAGCCCGAGUGGUAUCUUCGUCAGGAAGGAAUUCAGCGUGGACGAUAAUCUUUCCAAAACGAAAAGCGACGCCGAAAGAAGCACUGUAGGAAGUGUCAGUGAAGACAAAUCAAGAGGGAAGGCCCCAUACUCUCACAUUUGA